GGCCCGCCGCAGCAGAGCCAGAGAGCUUCCUUUGGUGCAGCUUUUCCAAAUGGCCUCGAACGUCAUGGAGAGCAAGGGCGAGAUCAUCCGCGAAGGCGAGCUGGAGAAGCGGAGCGACAGCCUCUUCCAGGUCUGGAAGAAGAAGCGCGCGGUGCUCACCGCCGACCGCCUGCGCCUCUUCGGGAGCGGCGAUCGCGUCAAGGAGCUGUACUUCCACUCCAUCCUCAAGGUGGACUGCGUGGAGCACACCUCCAAGUACGUGUACUUCACCAUCGUCACCAACCACUACAAGGAGAUCGACUUCCGAUGCACGAGCGAGAGCUGCUGGAACGCCGCCAUCACCAUGGCGCUGAUCGACUUCCAGAACCGUCGGGCUCUGGAAGAGGUCCGCCGCCACCGCUUUUACCGCUCCGCGUGUGCCGCGUACCCGGACCCCCGUGAUGAGUACACCCGGGAUCCGUGAGACGCACGGGACCUGUUGAGCCGGGAACCAGCCCACGCGGCUGCGUCAGACAGGAGAGCCCAGGACGCGGCCGCUCUUCACUGAAGAUAUUCCCGUGCUCGCUGAGCUUCGCCCUGCUGUGCGGGCGCGCUAACUUAUUGGACUGUUUUUAUACCGAUGGUCACUAUUCCCAACCCACCAUUCCGUCUUAAUAUUUUUAUACCAUGUUUUCAUUCCAAAUAAACAAUGCCAUAUUUUUCUAACAA